GAGAUGUCCGAUCUUCCAAGGGAGAUGGAGGAGGAGGUGCUCUCUAGGCUUCCGGUGACGUCUCUUAUAGACUUGCGAUCAACCUGCAAAACUUGGAACACUUUAACGAAACGCGAGAGCUUUUUAAAUAGACACGUCUUUGAAGAAGAAGAAGCAGCACCAGCAAAGAAGAAGAAGCGGAGGAAGGUGGUGAUGAUGCAGGAGCAUAGAGUUUACUUGAUGAACGUCGAUCUCCUCUAUCCAUCUAUAGAGCGUAUAGGUAAUCUCGACGCAGAUGGAAUCGACAUAUCUAAUAUCUUUCACUGCGACGGUUUAUUCUUAUGCACCACCAAAGACACCAGGCUCGUUGUCUGGAACCCUUAUCUGGGACAGACAAGGUGGAUCGAACCCAGAACUUCUUACCACAGAUGGGACAGGUAUGCUCUCGGACACGAGAAGAAGAAAAGGCACAAAGUCUUGAGAUUUGUGAAUAACUACGACCCGAGUGUGAAGCACAGAGUUUGCGAGUUUGAGAUCUUCAGUUUAGACUCUAAUUCAUGGAGGGUCAUUGAUGAUGAUUUGACUCCGGACUGGACUGUUUCUUUUCUUCACCGUGGUUUGUCUCUGAAGGGCAACACUUACUGGUACGCUCAAGAGAAGCUCGAUUUAAACGGUCCACCAGAGAUUAAAGAGCUCCCUGAUUUCCUCCUCUGUUUUGAUUUUACAACGGAGAGGUUUGGUCCGCGUCUUCCUCUGCCUUUCAACGCUUUCUUCGGAGACAUUGUGACUCUUUCUAGUGUUGGAGAAGAGCAGCUUGCGUUGCUAUUGCAGAGAUGCACGUCACCUGCAUUCACUGUCAAUAUAUGGAUUACUAGUAAGAUUGAGCCCAAUGCAUGCUCGUGGAGAAACGUGUUCUUAUCUGUUGAUAUGAAACCACUCAUUGGUACUUUGUUUUCGGUGUUCGGUGGGAGUUUCUUCGUUGACGAGGAGAAGAAAGUGGCUGUGGUUCUUGAUAAAGACCGUGGUAAAUCUUGUCCCCCCACACGCAACAUUGCUUGCAUCAUUGGAAACAAUGGAUACUUUAAACAAGUGGAUCUUGGUGAAUCUAUAGGCAAAUGGUGUUACUCAAUUGUGUGCCCGUAUGUUCCAAGCUCAUUGCAAAUCACUAGGCAACUAGAGGAACACACACCCUAAUCCAUUAAAUUUGUAUUCUCUUGUUUAUUUACUCUUUGUCUCAUCUUAGACUCUAUUAAUUUGUAUCUCUGACUAAUGUCGGUUUCUUCUUUUAUCUGAGACCUAUUGAUUUGUAGACAAUUGUUGGUUUCUCGACAUAUCUGAUGUCCAAAACAUAGCAAAUCAAAGCAAUUUUUCCUUGAAAGCUUUCUUAAUUAGCUGAAAAGAAAAGAGUAUCACUGCUCUCUUUAACUAUUCUUUAACCUCUUAUAUAUAUAUGUAUAUUCUACUGUCAUGAUUUGCCCUGUCUGUGUUUGGUGGUUGAGCCAAGAACUCAAUUUUGGACAAACACUGCUUCCAGUUCCAGGGUUGAUUAAGUUUUGGAGGACAAAGCUAAAUGCAAGUUGCUAAUCGCUACAACAAUCCAUUCUUGACAAAAAAAGGUUUUCUGCAAAAAAAAAAAAACGGACUUUAACUCAGUAUACCCUUCUUGGAAUUACUACUAUUAGAAACUACUAAGUAUAAUUAGAAUAUUAAAUUUAUAUAUAUAACGGCCGAACGUUUUACAAGAAUACUUUUUAAAUUAUUAUUUUAACAUGUGCUAUGCGUACAUGUUUUACAUGAAUGCUUUUAUAUUUUUAUUUUAACAUGAACAAAACAAAACAAAUUUUAUAAAACAUAAAAAAAAUUUAAAAAUUAUAUAUAAGAAGAUAAAUGUUUUAAAACUUUUAAAUUAUUUGUAAAUGCUGGAUGGUGUAAUGUGAUAUAUUACCUCAACUUAAUAUUUACUGACAAACAAAAUGUGUUUGUAGAAGAAAAAAAAAGAAGAUUCUUAAACUUUAAUCCUACAUUUUACUUACAAAAUACUCAUGGCUAGUUUAGUUAAUGAAUAAAUCGUUCGUAGCAAAUUUGCUUUCACUUGCCAUGAAAAACCUCAGAAAUAUGUGCUUAGUGUGUACCUGCCACAUGUUAAAAUUAUAUAUUAGCAAGUUUAUAAAACGUAACUGAGAAAUACAUAGCUCAAUUGGUGUGUUUAUUUCCUUUCCCCCUUUAACCGAGUCACCUGGGUUCAAACUCUCUCUGCUACCUGUUUUCCCUUUUAUUUUAGUUUUAAUCUGGGCCAAGCCCAAUUAUGACACUCCUUAAAACUUAUCUUGGGUCCGCCACUGUGCAUAGGGCCUGCAUUGGAAGCCAUCUCCUCAAGAAAGACAGUACGAUCAUAAAUAAUGGUGUAGAACUCUACAAAAAAUACGAUCACUCCUCCAUGUUGUCAACCUCUUUGGUACCAAACUCUGUUUUUUUCUGAACAAGUUGCAUGAAGCGCAUAGAUAAAAUAGAAUUUGAGAAUGGAGCAUCAUCUUCUUAAAACACUUGAAUCUCAAGGACACAGUACUACUACUACUACUACUACUACCAUUUGAAGAAUGAUAAACUCAAAGUUGAGAAUGGAGCAUCUGAUAGACUCAAGAAGGUUUAUUAUCGUAAGAGAAGAGGAAAGGAGAGAGUGGGAGAACUAGAGUUAGAGGAAGAGUGUUGAGAAGUAUUAUGAAUAAGAAGAGAAGGGAGUAACUUCUAUCUGAAGAAGAGUCUUUGCAGUUACAGAAGAGUAGUAUAAAUAGAGUUGUAAUUGAAGAAGUGUCAUUCAUGCUUUUGUGGUAGUUUGUUAUAGACGUCAUGAGUCUGUACAUUCCGAUCGUUAUGAGAUCGGUGAU